AGGCAUGAAAAGCUUUAAGCUAUUGUACGCAAAAGGAUCUGGUAAGAUUCGAUCCUGUAUAGUGGCCAAAAGCAGUCUCAACAUCUUCAUUCUUUCUGAUUUCAGUGAUGAAGACACCGUAGCAGCCAUAUGGGAGACCAGUGUAGGUGCUAUAUUGGUUAUCUCGGCGUACAUGGCUCACGACCACAGCGACCAGCCACCGAACAACCUGGUCUGCAGAUCCAUAGAGAUGGCAAACUCAAAAAGCAUGCCGAUCAUCAUGGGGGCUGAUGCCAAUGCCCAUCACACUGUCUGGGGAAGCUCGGACAUAAACGCUAGAGGAUCCGAACCGACCUUUAUUGUUUCAAACAGAAGGGAAGUUCUUGACAUUACGCUGGUUAGUUCUAUGCAUCAUGAUAGGAUAAGGGGAUGGAGAGUCUCAAGUGACUGCUCUUUCUCUGACCAUCAGUACAUCGAUUUUGAAAUCGUAGUUGACAAAGUGGCCCCAAAGCCCUUUAUAAACAGGAGACGAACAGAUUGGGAAAUGCAAAUGAGGCUAAUCUCGCGUUCACUCCAGGAUGUACCGAUCAUCGAAAACCUAUCGAACAUAGAAAACGCGAAACCCUGUGGCAGUUGGACGACUAGCAGCCAAGAAACCUUAGAAGUUUUAAUGGCCACUCACUUUCCAGGCUGUCAAUCUCCGGAAAACGGUACUGACAUGCAGUUUACAAAUCUCCCAGCUGAUACAGGAAUAUCCAUAAAUGAAGAUAAGAUCAACGGGGCGAUAAACAGCUUCGACCCCUACAAAUCACCGGGUCCUGACGGUAUAAUACCUGCGGAUUUGCAAUACAAUGCUGUCCAUCUUAUGCCUUGGCUAACGCGGAUAUAUGAUGCCUGUUUAAAAUGGUCUUAUAUACCCGAACCCUGGACCAAAGUAUCAAAAGCGGCUGCGGCCUUAUACUCGUGUAAGAGAGCAAUUGGCAAAUCAUGGGGCAUAAACCCCAAGAACACCAAAUGGCUCUUUGACAUGGUAGUCAAGCCCAUACUAUUGUACGGUGCACUUGUAUGGUGGAAGUCUGUACAAAAGGACUCACACCGCAAACGUUUUGAGGGAAUCCUUCGUACAUCAGCUCUAUUGAUAACGGGGGCCCUCCGCACCACCCCAUCAAAGGCUCUCUUUGUCAUGAUGGGAAGGUUACCUAUUGAUCUAAUGGCCCAAGAGGUUGCCCUCAACGCGGCUAUUAGACUCAAUACAAUUGGUAUGUGGCAUAUGAUUCAGUCAGGUCACUCCACCAUUCUCGAUUGUCUAGGAGAGAUUCCUGACAAUAUCGACUAUUGCAUCGCCAAACCGUCUUUUGAUAGAAGCUUUUCGAUGGCGAAACAUUCCACUAUAGGACUGUAUUGGAUUCCAGGACAUCAGCAAAUUCCUGGUAAUACCAUCGCGGACUCUCUUGCCAAGCUAGGCUCCUCGCUUGCAAAAGAGCAUACCGACCCUUUUGUCGGUAUACCGCUUUCAACCUGCAAACGCUCGAUACGUGAAAAACUAUAUGAGCUUGCGCAAUGCAGAUGGUCGACUGAAGCCACCUGCAGACAGGCAAGGAUUAUGUGGCCAUCUUACGACCCACAAAGAUCCCAAGCCCUUUUCUACAUUCCGAGAGUUAAUCUACGGAACUUAACGGCAGUGGUAACUGGCCACUGGCCUUUCGGACUCCAUGCAAGAAGACUGAACCUACCCAGUAACGACUUCUGCAGGAGCUGCCAGGAUGAAGAGGAAGAAGAGAACUUGACACUUUCCAAACCUAGUAAUGAACAAAGAAGUUUUAAACGUAUUGGCUGA